ACUUGUUUAUUUUUGUAGAGAAAUGGCGUCAACUCAAAGGGCGUUUGCACAAAAACUAUCAAAACAACAAGCUGCUGAAGUACGCCGAAAUGUAUCUUGUACUAAAAGUGGUCUUGUUUCUCCUUCGCCCUCGGGAUGGAUAAAUGAAAUAGUUGAGCCACUAGAAUUUGAAGAUUUCUUGCAAAGUUAUCAAAAUCUAAUAGAUAGGGAUCCAUUAAGAGCUAUCUUAGAUAUACCACAAGGAGAUGUAGAGGUAGAAAUAAUCGAGAGACCAAUAAGAACAAUUCGUCCAAUUUUACCAGAAGAAAAACUUGAUACGUUGCCUCCUCAUAUCCAGACCUGCAUAGAAUGUUACAAGUCAUUCUGGAAAAUUGUUCGUUAUAAUAACAGAUCAUAUAGUAGUAGCAUAUCCAGCAGGUCGAAUCUUUGUAAAGAACUACCUCCUACACCUAAACAAGAAUUUGAAGUAGACUUUCAAGCUCCUCCUUCUGAAGCAAGCAGUGAACUAGAUUUGACAUCACAUAGCAGCGGCAGGCAAAGUGUUGUUUCCAUCGCUUCUGUAUCAUCAUGUGGAGAUACACUAACCCCUCGAAACUCUUGGGCUUCUUUAGACCUCAGGCACUCUGCUGGGGAUCCUCUAAUUCCCGAGAUUUUAGAACAUGCUAUUCCCGAAGCUUUGGACCAGUUAAACGAAAGCAGAAGGCAAAUAGACAGACAGGAUGCUCUAUUCACUUUGACCAAUUCAGAACCAGCCUUCGAAAUUGAGCCUGUCGAAAAAAGAUUGCCUGCGGUGCCACCUUAUGAACAUAUGGGACAUCGAGUAUUAGUUAAGUGUCAACAACUAACCAUGGAAAUUGAAGUAGAACCCCUCUUUGCAUCCAUGGCAUUAUACGAUUGCAAAGAACGCAAAAAGGUAUCUGAAACGUUUUAUUAUGAUUUGAAUCCAGAAGGACUGAAAAGAAUGCUAGGAGGUCACGUGCCAUAUGCUGAUACCAGCACCUUAGCUAGAGGUUGUAUUUUUAACAUUUCUCAUCCGAGUCCUGAUCUGUUUAUAGUAAUUCGACUGGAGAAAGUCCUACAGGGUGAUAUAAGUGAAUGUGUUGAACCAUAUCUUAAAGAAGACAAGAAUCGAGAUAAACUUAAAUCAGUCGCUGUUUCAGUGUGCGAGCGAUUAGGAAAGUACAGACAAGCAUUUGCUUGGACUGCUAUCAAUUUAGUAAACGUUAUCAAUGGAGGUAAUUCUUUAGAGAGAGACUCUGACCGAGAUUCCAUGGGAGGGGGAUCUUCAAAUACUAAUAGUUUAGACCGAAAAUCAUCAGCAGGUGGUUUGGAGCAAUUGAGACGUCGAGCAACUGAUAUGAGUACAUUAACGCGAAGAGGUUCGUUAGAGAGGCAGAAUAAGAGACGAUCAUGGUCGCCCCAUCAUUUAGCCAAUAGCAUUGAUUCAUUCAGGCCUAUCACUCUGACGAUGUCAUCUUUUUUUAAACAAGAAAGUGAUAGACUCAAAGAUGAGGACUUGUAUAAAAGUUUACAGGAAUUGAAGAAACCUACUUUGGUGUUAAAAAAAUUGAAGUGUAUACCGGCUACCUUAAAGUUAGAGAUAUCCCCGUGUCCUGUAGAAAUAAGAAAUUCUUUAACACCGGAGUUAGCAAAACUUCGGCCAUAUCCUGACGAAAAGAGUAGACCUACAAAAGAACUACUGGAAUUCCCGAUAAAGGAAUUGCUUGUUCCUUACUACACGUACAGAAAUCUCUUAUUCGUAUCUCCGAAAGAUCUGAACUUCUCAAACAGAACCGGUUCUGCGAGGAAUCUAGCUGUUCGCAUCCAGUUAAUGGCGGGAGAGGAAGAAAAGAAUGCUUUAUUUAGCAUAUUCGGGAAAUCCAGCUGUCCCGAGAUGACGAACGAAGCAUAUUCUUGUGUUACAUAUCAUUGUAAAAAUCCUGCUUUUUAUGACGAAAUCAAAAUUAAGCUGCCAGCUGCAUUAGCCGAUAAUCAUCAUCUAUUGUUUACUUUUUAUCACAUUUCCUGUCAGAAGAAGUUGGAACAAAAUACCGUUGAUAGUCCUGUCGGAUAUACCUGGUUGCCUCUAUUGAGAGACGGUCGAUUAAUAUCAGGAGAGUUUUGUUUACCAGUAAUGUUAGAACCCCCACCGAGAAACUACAGUUAUAUUCCUCCCGACGUGUGCCUACCUGGCACAAAGUGGUUGGAUAACCAUAAGGGUUUGUUUACGGUUACUCUGGACACUGCUUCUUCAGUACAUACCCACGAUCCACCGAUCGAAAGAUUUUUUGCAGCUUAUGAUUUUGUUCACACUGGAAUCAUUCCGCAAAGGUUGGGAGAAGUUGGAUCGGAAAAUGAGUUGAGAGCUGCCAUGCUAGGAUUGUCGGGAGCGAAGCCAGAAACGAUUGUUAAAUACCUACCAAUAAUUUUUGAUAAUAUUAUCGAACUAUUAGUACAGCCUCCUCGUCUUUCUGGACACACACUGAAUGUUGGACAUACAUGCUUUGAAGCCAUUUGUUCUUUACUUGAUAAAAUUUCUAAUGUCCAAGAAUUGCCAGUCGAUCAACACGGCCGCAAUCAACUGCUAGCAACAUAUAUUCAAUACCAAUGUAAUAUGCCGCAUCCUCUCUACAAUCAAAACUCUCCAGACUACGAAAAUAGUUUUUCCAUGACUCGAAGUACGUCAAAUCCGGAUUUAGAGGUAGCCCAUGUUCAAUAUUCUAGAGGAUUAGACAGAGCAGCUAGUAUGAGAGUACCUACUAACGAACUUCUAAGUCCUAAUUCCAGUUCAUGCCAAAGAAUUGUCCAUCAAGAAUUGGCGUUACAAUGGGUCGUGUCCAGUGGAAGGUCUAAAGAUUUGGCUAUGCAAAAUGCUUGGUUUUUGUUUGAACUUGUUAUUAAAAGUAUGGUAGAACAUUUAGCACACACAAGAUCUCUUGAUGCUCCAAGAAAGAUACGAUUUUCCGAACAAUUCUUAGAUGAUAUAUCUACUUUAGUACAUACAGUAACGGCAGAAAUAAUCUCGCAUUCAACAAGUGAAAUGCGUAAAGCGCACAAACUAAACGCUGCUUUAGCUUUCUUUUUCUUUGACCUCUUGUCCAUAGCUGAUCGUGGUUGGAUUUUCCAGUUGUUACGAUCAUAUAACAAGCAACUUCAGGCAAAAAUAGCAUCGAUUCAAGACUCAGUACUGGUUGAAUUAAAACUUGAGUUCGCUCGUAUUAUUUGCAGCCAUGAGCAUUAUAUAGCUCUCAAUCUACCAUUCGCUUCCCCAUUUAUGUCGACGGACACUAAUGUGUCACCAUCGCCCAGUGUUACUAGUUCCACCAGCCAAAACUCUUUUUUGUCGGGUGCACCACCUAGUCAAGAGAGAGCUAGUACAUUUGCGGAACUGUCCUUUGAAUAUCGACAGCAUCAUUUCCUAUCUGGUAUUGUAUUGGCUGAUUUAGCAACAGUGCUUCUAGAAAUGCAUCAAUCGUCGUUACAUACAAAAGCAGUAGACACAUUAAAACAGCUGCUCUUGUGGCACGAUAGCGACCCUCGUUACAGUUCUUCUGAUGCCAGACAAAGAGUAGCGGCCUUAUACUUACCCUUAUUGUCCAUAGCCAUGGACGUUCUUCCAUUGUUACAUCAUUUUACAGUCGAUAAAACACAAUUUUCAAACGAAGACGUAGGUCCUAGUAACAUAAAUCAGACCGUAGCUAUGGCCAUUGCCGGAAAGUUGUCUCCCAGUACAUGUGAUAGUUUUCCCUCAUUACAAACCAGAAAGCUGGGCCUUUCAGGAGAAGUUACUCGAAACAUCCUCACGUGCGUUUUGUGGGUUUUAAAGAAUGUAGAAAGGGAUUCGUUGUCUCAGUGGUUAGGAGAGUUAUCUUCUUCUCGUCUAGCUACACUGCUCCAUCUUCUAGACGCAUGCGCCAGCUGUUUUGAAUACAGACCGAGAAGAAGAGCUCCACCACCUUCUGGAUACGCACAUGCACAAAACACUCAAGAUAUGCGAUCUAGGUUGGAAGAUGUGAUACUGGGACAAGGAUCGGCGAGAGAAAUGAUGCAGAGAAGAAAAGGAGGAGCAGCCCAAGCCUCUUCAGAAAAAGUUCGUUGGCGUAAAGAACAACUAUAUAGACCAACUUCUGAACUCAGCGAUCGCCCUAGAGAUGAUAUCUCUAAUGAAAUUCACUUAGAGGGACACCUGGCUACUGAAGCUUCAUUUAUCAUUUUGGAUACGUUAGAAAGGUGUGUAGCGACAAUUUCCCAGUGGGACUCUCAGCAACAUUUGGUUGGCCUAGCGUUGUCAGUGUUACUACAUGCUUUGGGCAAAAACCAGAGUACUACAGUAUUGCCGCAUAUGUUUGCUUCUCAAAGAAGCUUGGUAUUUAAAUUUCAUAGUGCCUUAUUUGACGAAGAAAGUUCUCACUGCGCUGAUCUUUGUUUAUUAUUAUUAAAACACUGCGGAUCUCAAAUAGCAUCUGUACGGUCUCAAGCAGCAGCCUCAUUAUAUUUAUUGAUGAGACAAACAUUCCAAAUAGGAAACAAUUUUGCAAGAGUAAAAAUGCAAGUAACGAUGUCAUUGAGUAGCCUAGUAGGAACUUCCGCUUCAUUCAGUGACGAUUCUUUGCGAAGAUCUUUAAAAACAAUUUUAGAAUAUGGCGAACGAGACAUCGAACUUCAAGAAACAACAUUCCCAGAACAAGUACGAGAUUUGGUUUUCAAUUUACACAUGAUUCUUUCUGAUACAGUGAAAAUGAAGGAAUUCCAAGAAGAUCCUGAAAUGUUGCUUGAUUUGAUGUAUAGAAUCGCCAAAGGGUAUCAAAAUUCACCGGAUCUUAGACUAACGUGGUUAGCAAAUAUGGCACAGAAACACAUGGAGCGGGGCAACCAUACUGAAGCUGGAAUGUGUUUGGUGCAUUCUGCUGCAUUGGUUGCUGAAUAUUUGGCAAUGUUGGAACCACUUCCUCAUCUGCCAGCAGGAGCAGCAGCUUUAGAAAGAGUGAGUCCUAAUGUUCUUAAAGAAAGUGCCGUAUCCGACGAUGUUUUGAGUCCCGAAAAAGAGGGAGGAUGUUUAGGUUCUCAUUUCACCGAAGCGGGAUUACUGGGUUUACUCGAACAAGCUGCUAGCAGUUUUAAUGUCGCUGCUAUGUACGAACCCAUGAACGAUAUCUACAGGGUAUUAAUACCAAUUGCUGAGCAUAAUAGAGACUUUAAAAAGUUGGCAAAUAUUCAUGGUAAAUUGCACGAGGCAUAUACUAGAAUUGAUCAGUUGUCAGGUAAGAGAAUGUUUGGAACCUAUUUUCGAGUCGGAUUCUACGGAUCUAAGUUUGGUGAUCUAGAGAGAGAGGAGUUUAUAUAUAAAGAACCAACAUUGACCAAGUUGCCUGAAAUCUUCAGUAGGUUAGAGAAUUUCUACAGUGAACGAUUCGGUGCUGAUAAUGUAAUUAUAAUAAAAGACUCCAAUAUAGUAGAUAUCAGUUCUUUGAAUCCGGACAAAGCCUACAUUCAAAUAACUUACGUGGAGCCAUAUUUCGAACAAUAUGAACUAAGAUAUCGUCAGACGCAUUUUGAUAAAAAUUUCAAUAUAAAACGAUUUGUAUACGCUACUCCUUUCACUAUGACUGGAAAAGCUCACGGAGAGUUGAAGGAACAAUAUAAAAGGAAAACUAUACUUACCACUGCUGUUCAUUUUCCUUAUGUUAAGACAAGAAUACAGGUUGUUUCUAGAUCUCAGAUAACACUCACACCAAUUGAGGUUGCGAUUGAAGAUAUUCAAAAGAAGACAUUAGAAUUAGCACAUGCAACAAAUCAAGAACCUCCAGAUCCAAAAAUUCUCCAGAUGGUACUUCAGGGUUGCAUAGGGACGACUGUUAACCAGGGACCUCUUGAAAUGGCAACAACCUUCUUACCCAGUGACGGAAAAGCACUUACAAAACAUCAGAAUAAGUUGAGAUUGUGUUUUAAAGAUUUUUCCAAAAAGUGUCAUGACGCAUUAAAAAAGAAUAAGAAUUUAAUUGGACCAGACCAAAGAGACUACCAAAGAGAAUUAGAUAGGAAUUAUAAAAGAUUUAUAGAGAAACUACAGCCAUUGGUCAAUCCGCAAAAUAUAACAAUAAUUAACAGCAGCCCCAAUCGAUAUCCUCACGCUGAAAAUUCACCUUUAAGAUGGUAAAAGAUCAAAACACAUGGACAUAGUUUGAUUAUUUUGGCGCAUUUUAAUUCGAGUUUAUAUUCAUAAAGGGUUGAACAUAUAGUGAAUAUAAGCUACAGUUUUAAUAUUGGCAUGAAGAAUCUAUUAAAGCAUUUAUCCAAAAAAUAUUCAUUCCAGUGUUCCAUUUAAAUUCCAUUGCGACUUAGGAAGUAUUCUUUCUAACAUUUAGUUAAUUCUCAAGAUCCACACAUCAAAUUUUUAUUUUUUAUACUUCUAAACUAUGUUAAUGUCUAUUUUAAUGUUAAUCAUUAAGCAAUAAAGAAUUUUACAG